AUGGCUCCUCCAGCAGUUUUACAGAAAUCCGGUGUUAUCUACGGUAAAGACGUUAAAGACUUGUUUGACUAUGCUCAAGAAAAAGGUUUUGCUAUCCCAGCCAUCAAUGUCACAUCAUCCUCCACUGUAGUUGCUGCUUUGGAAGCUGCUAGAGACAACAAGGCUCCAAUCAUUUUGCAAACCUCACAAGGUGGUGCUGCUUACUUUGCUGGUAAAGGUGUUGGCAACAAGAACCAAGAAGCUUCAAUUGCUGGCUCAAUUGCUGCUGCUCACUACAUUAGAGCUAUCGCUCCAAUCUACGGUAUCCCAGUCGUUUUGCACACCGACCACUGUGCCCACAAAUUGUUGCCAUGGUUUGACGGUAUGUUGAAGGCUGACGAGGAAUGGUUUGAAAAAUCUGGAACCCCAUUGUUUUCAUCACACAUGUUGGAUCUCUCUGAAGAGACUGACGAAGAAAACAUUGGUACUUGUGCCAAAUACUUUGAAAAAAUGGCCAAGAUGGGUCAAUGGUUGGAAAUGGAGAUUGGUAUCACCGGUGGUGAAGAAGAUGGUGUCAAUAACGAACACGUGCAAAAGGAAUCAUUGUACACCUUGCCAGAAACCGUUUUCAAGGUUUACGAAUCAUUAUCCAAGAUUUCACCAAACUUUUCCAUUGCUGCUGCUUUCGGUAACGUCCACGGUGUCUACAAGCCAGGUAACGUGCAAUUGAAGCCAGAAAUCUUGGGUGACCACCAAAAAUACGCCAAGGAACAAAUUGGCACCGACGCCAAGCACCCAUUGUACUUGGUCUUCCACGGUGGUUCCGGUUCAUCACAACAAGAGUUUGACACUGCCAUCAAGAAUGGUGUUGUUAAGGUUAACUUGGACACUGACUGUCAAUACGCUUACUUGACCGGUAUCAGAGACUUUAUCUUGAAGAAUGUUGACUACUUGAGAUCACCAGUUGGUAACCCAGAAGGUGACGACAAGCCAAACAAGAAGUACUUUGACCCAAGAGUCUGGGUUAGAGCUGGUGAACAAACCAUGUCCAAGAGAAUCGAAGAGGCCUUGGAGGUUUUCCACACCAAAAACCAAUUGGCUUGA